AUGGGGGAGGCUAUUGCAGACACUAAACAAGAGAAACAGGUGGUGCAUUACAGCAGCAAACAGAAGAUACUGUUAGUGGGUGAGGGUAACUUCUCUUUUGCUUCUUGUUUGGCUAAAGGAUUUGGCUCUGCUAAGAACAUGGUUGCCACUUCCCUUGACUCCAGAGAGUCAGUAUUGGCCAAGUAUUCAAAUGCAGCACCAAGAAACUUAACAGAAUUGGAGGACAUGGGAUGUGUUAUACUGCAUGAAGUGGAUGUACACACAAUGAGGCGGCACCCUCUCCUACUCGAUCAACUGUUGCAUCAGGAUUUGGUGAGGACAUUCUUCAACAGCGCAUGUGAGAUGUUGAAAGGAAGUGGAGAAGUUCAUGUCACUCACAAGACCUCACAUCCUUUCAGUAAAUGGGAGAGAGUGAAAUUAGCAGAAGAGGUUGGGUUAUAUCUGGUUGAGGAAGCCUCGUUUUCCAGAGGGGAUUAUCCAGGUUAUCUGAACAAGAGAGGGAGUGGGAAGAAAUGUAAUCGCACUUUCCCUAUUGGUCUAUGCAGUACCUACAAAUUUGCCAAGCUACCACUUCUUGAAUUCUCACAGACAACACUAUAG